AUGGAUUUCAAGCUUGUAAGGGGCCUAACGUUGGAAGAGGCAAUCAAUAUUGCCUAUGACGACGACAAUGUCCAAGAUAUUUAUAUUGAGCCACCAGAACAAGGUUUCGUCACCGAUGAAGAUUCGGGUGAAGAGGAUGCUGGCGGUCUAAUAGAUAAUUUAUCGGGUUCUCAGCUCCGUUCUCAAGCAGAACUUAAAAUUAUAACUACAACGGCAGGAAAUGAAGACGAAAUGUUGGAAGAAAGAGAAACCGAGAUUACACCUACAGUUGCUUCGCCAUCAGUAUGGGUAGAUGGAGAUCUUGUGCAAAAUGGUCGUGCGUUUGUAAGUGGUGACUAUUCGAAAUAUAGAAACCAAAGUUGUGUAGAACUUUUUGAAAUGUAUUUGGACAAUGAAACUAUAGAUUAUUUGAUAAAAGAAACGACACGUUAUGCAUUGUUUAAAAAUUGCGCUGAUCCAGCAAUAACAAAAAACGAAUUGAAGUGUUUUCUGGGGAUUUUAAUAUUGAGUGGAUACAAUCAAGUUCCAAGUAAAAGACACUACUGGGAAAAUAAUGGUGACAUGAAGAAUGAAUUAGUCCGCAAUUCAAUGAGACGCAAUAGAUUUCUCGAAAUUAUGCGCUUUAUACACUGUGCAGAUAACACCACUCCUCAAGUCCAAGAUAAAGUUUGGAAACUUAGACCUUUAAUGGAUCUUGUAAAAAAUAAAUGCUUGAAGUACUUUGAACCUGAAGAAUGUCUAAAUUACGAUGAAAGCAUGGUGAAAUAUUUUGGACGUCACUCGUGUAAACAAUUCAUUCGCGGAAAACCCAUUCGUUUUGGUUAUAAGAUGUGGUGUUUAAAUACUCCGGAUGGUUACUUGGUUAACUUUGACAUGUAUCAAGGAAAUAAUCCUCGUCGCCAUAUGGAAUAUGAACGAUGUUUUGGAAAAUCAUCUGCUCCAUUUUUACAAAUGCUGGAUGAACUCCCUAUUGAAAAAAAGCAAUAUCCGUACAAACUUUAUUUUGAAAACUUGUUCACAGGAUUUGCGAUGUUGAAACAUCUAAAAGAACGAGGAUACGACGGCACGGGUACAAUUCUAAGUUGGAUGGACAAUUCUGUUGUAACAAUUGCGUCCACUUGCCAUGGAGUAGCUCCUAUUGGGCAAGUACAAAGAUAUUCCCAAACUGAGAAGAGAAUCGUCAAUGUAGGAAGACCAAACCUUAUACAACAAUAUAACUCAUAUAUGGGGGGCACUGAUAGGAUGGAUGAAAAUAUUGCGGCUUACCGAAUUGGCAUAAGAGGAAAAAAGUGGUGGUGGUGCUUAUUUCUCGUAGAUGUUUCUGUUCACAACGCCUGGCAGAUUUACAGAAAAUGA